CUGACAGAAAUCAAGAUGGCAGAAGUUCCCGGAUCCAGUCCCAGUUUCGAGAGGCCCAAAGUCACCAAGGACCCGAUUCAUCCUGAUGCCGACGUCGCAAUGCAAGAACCCGCGGCGCCCACCUUCACCCGAAAGCUCCGCAAGGCGGCGGUAGGAACGGGCUGCGACAUCCGACUGCGGCUGUCGGUGGCAGGAUUCCCCAAACCUCUGCUGACGUGGUACCACAACGGCGAGCCGCUCCCCCCAUCUGAAGCCCAGGACUCCGGCGGGCUGUGGAUUCGGGACUGCCGCACUAGCGACGCAGGCCUGUACACUUGCGUGGCGACCAAUGAGCUCGGAGAGGCGAGUUGCAGCGCCGUCUUGGCCGUUAUGGACCUGGGUGAAGACUCUGAAAACACAGAGGAUGAGACCACAGAUCCUCAGAUGGAAACCAAAGAAGGGGCCGGUAGGCACCAAGACAAGGCUGAUCGGAGGGGCCCUUCAGAUGAGGGAGGCGGGAUGAUGGACUAUAACACAGACCCCUCGGAUCGCAGGGCCACCCUCCCUGGUGUCUACGACCCUGUGGUGGAGCGAGAGCUCCGUGCUCUGGGCUCCCGCCCCCCGGGGCUCCACUUGGACCCCUCAAACGCAGCCAGGACUCAAACUGCUGAAGGCUCAGUGGGGCGCUCCUCCCGUGUCCCCCUGUCUUCUCCCCAGCCACCUCCCAGUACGCACAAAAACAGCAGCAACAGCCCAGACCAAGACCCGCGUAAAAUCGGUCUUUCACGUCCCCCAUCUUCUCAGACAGAGCAGGCGUCAAGUGUUGCCAGUGUUGCCAUGACGCCCAAACUGGCUCGUGCAGGGCCCAAGAUCUUCGACAAGGUCCUGGCUUUUGAGGAACGAAGGGCUAGUGUCGAUCUGCCGGGAGGAGUCAGAUCUGUAUCGGCUUCUCGAUUUGGACGAGCAGCUUCCUGCGACUUGGACGACAGCGGAAAGAAGACGGGGGGCCCCGGCAAAGGGGACGAGCGAGUCCUUCAGAAGCGAGCUGCGUUCAAGCAACGGGCGUCUUCUUUAGAGGACAAGAUGAGCUACUCCCAGAGGGUCCAGAGCAAGUUUACCGAGGAGCUCCAGAGGAUCAAGAAGCUUGUGGUGAAACCAAGCAUGAAGAAGGCUUAUUCCUCCGAGCAGCUGUCUCCGAAGGAGAAGCUCACCACAGGGAAACUAGAGCCCAUUCCUCCCCAAGUGGUUAAAAAGUUGGAGGCAAAGGAGCGAGCCCUGGAGGACAGACAGGCUGGGGACGGCAGAUUGCAGAUUUCUCCCCAGGGGCACAGCAGAGGGCUGGAGAACAAAAAGAGCAGCACCAAAAAGACUAAGAUGACACAGCCAAAUUCACAGGGGAGACCAGUGGAGGGCUCAUCGCAGGGGAACACAGAAAAAAACUCUGUUACCAUAGAGACGGCACCAGUUCACCAGUUACCAGGGCAACCAUUGCCAACAGCCACAAGGAAAAGCCUCACCAGGGAAACUCUACAAAAAUCUGCGGGAGCUGACAAAGACGCACUCGUUGAAUCGUUGAAGAGGGAGACCAAGGUGGACAACAAAGCGGACUCCAGACCACCGAGCCCGACUAGGAAGGGAACGUCACCACUAACUGUGAGGGAACCGGGCUCCCAGUACCCACCCAAGCCCCCCCGGCUCGCUCCAUCGCCCACUCCCUCCGUCAGCCCUCUCGUGAAAAGGAGGAAGGCAGAGGCGGGCCGAACGUCUCCAUCCACGAGAGUGAACAUCCCCAUCAUCCUGGUGGAGGAGGAGCCUAUGGAGACGGAAUGUGUUGCAAACAGGAGCAACGCGACAAGCAAGACCAGAAGGAAAGAGAGGCGGGUCCGCAAUAAAGGUGGUUCUGUUCAACCCCGGUCUCCAGAAGAAGGGACCUCGUCUGAUGACGAGGGGCCUGCUGGAGCCCCGAGGUUUGAGAGGACUCUGGUGGACACCAGGGCCUCCAGCAGCUCGGAGGUCACGUUGACAUGUGUCGUCACCGGGAGUCCGCCCCCCACAGUCACAUGGAGGAAGAAUAUGGUGGAGAUUCGAAGCGACGCGUUCCACGUGGUGAAGGCUGACGGGGAGGAGCACAGUCUGGUGAUAAAGCAGAUGAGGGCGAACAACGCCGGGUCGUACUGCGUCACGGCUGUCAAUGCGGCGGGCAGAGCUUUGUGCAGUGCCACGCUCUACAUCUGCUCAGAGCCAACCCACGUGCAAUGUGGAGAACAAGUCGAGGUCUUGGAAGUCCGAAGUUCAGCGCAGCCCGACGAGAAGGAUCUGAGUCCUCAGGAGGAGGCGAUGGAGCUCCGGCACUCAACCACUCAGAGUAAAAGAGUCCACUUCAAAGAAACUCCUUCAUUUCAGGUGUUGCCAUGUGACCAGGAGGUGACUCAAGGUCAAGAUGUCGUCAUCUCCGCAAAGGUGGCGGGACAGCCCAAACCCAUGGUUCACUGGUCAAAGGACAGACUGCCGGUGAAGACGGCAGGGCGCUUCUCUGUGAGAGAGACGGAAGACGACGCCAGUGAAAUGAGGAUCGCCUCUGCUCGGAGCACCGAUGCGGGGCUUUACGUCUGCAAGAUCAUCAAUGAGUAUGGAUCCAAGCAAGCCGAGUGCAGACUGGAGGUCAACGCGUCUGCAACACGAUCGCCUCUGAAAAUCACCCGGGAGGUCCGGGAUGUGGCGGUUAAGGCCGGAGAGUCGGCCAUGUUCGAGUGUCACAUGGCGGGACCUCCAGACGUCGAUGUGGAUUGGCUCUCAAAUGGGAAGCUCAUCCAGCCAGCGCUGCUCAACUGCAAAAUGCACUUUGAUGGCAAGAGGUGCCGUCUGCUACUUAAUUCGGUUCACGAGGACGACAGUGGGGCGUACACUUGCAAGCUUAGCACUGCCAAAGAGGAGUUGACCUCAAGCGCAAACCUGAGUGUCGCCCCAUCCAAGGAGCCUCUCUUCACCCGUAAGCUGGACAUCCUGGAGGUCAUCGAAGGUCGCACGGGCCGCUUCGACUGCAAGGUGAGCGGAUCACCCGCUCCCCGGGUCACGUGGACGCAUUUCGAGACGAGAGUAGAGGAGAGUGAUGACGUUCGCAUCCUUCAAGAGGGGGGUCGUCACUCACUCGUCAUCGCCCACGUUAGCGCCGACACGGAAGGCUUCUACACAGCAGUCGCUCAAAACAUUCAUGGAAAGUCUGAAUGCACCGCUGAGCUCUAUGUGCAAGAGCCUCGAGCUGCCAUCUCCUCUCACAGGGCCAAGCUGGAGAAGAUGCCAUCCAUCCCUGAGGAGCCCGAAGUGCUGGACAGCGAGGUGGAGAAGAGGACCAUGCCGGACUUUGUCAAGCCUCUAGCUGACGCGGAGGUGAUCGACGGCAAAGAGGCGCUGCUGAAAUGCAAAGUGGCGGGCCUGCCCUACCCGACCAUCGCCUGGUAUCACAACGGCAAGCGCAUCGAGAGCAGCGAGGAGCGCAAAAUGACGCAGCAGAGGGACGUCCAUAGUAUGCUCAUUCGGAGUGCUUGUCCCGCUCACGGGGGCGUCUACAAGGCCGUCAUCUCCAACAAACUGGGCAAAGCAGCCUGCUAUGCACAUCUAUACGUCACAGAUAUUGUUCCUGACCCCCCUGAUGGUCCUCCAGUGAUAGAAGCCAUCACAGGGAAAACUAUAACCCUCAGGUGGAAGCCACCAAAGAGGCUUGACACUUUCGAUGGCAGCUCCUUGCUAUAUGUGGUCCAGCAGCAGCCUCUGGGCUCAAUCCAGUGGUCCGUCGUUGCGUCCAACCUGAGGGAGACCAACUACACCGCCACCUCCCUGUCCAAAGGAGUCCGCUACGCUUUCAGAAUCCUGACGUCCACCGGGAAGACGCUGAGUAAACCAUCGCCCUCGACUGACCUGGUCCAGCUGCUGGACAGAGGACCCUAUUUAAGGAAAGCGCCGGUCAUUUUGGACAAACCUGACAUCGUAUAUGUCGUUGAAAACCAACCUGCGAGCAUCACCAUCACGCUGAACCACGUGCAUGCAGUUGUCACCUGGAAAAGGAGGGGGGUGGUGUUGGUCAAUCGACCGGGGAUGCAUGAGAUGAGCAUGCCAGACGACGAUCAACACACCCUGAAGCUCCAGAGGGUCAGGAGCUCAGACAUCGGUCAGCUUGUGGUCACGGCCAGCAACCAGUUUGGCAGCGACCUCUGCACGCUUCAGCUGGCGAUGGCGGUGGCUCCCAAGUUUGAAACCAUCAUGGAGGAUGUGGAUGUUCACAUUGGGGAGACGUCCAGUCUGCUUGUGGUGGUUGAAGGAAAACCAGACCCAGAUAUCCUGUGGUUCAAGGACGAUGUCCUCCUCUCUGAGAGCAACCACUUCACAUUUGUGUACGAUGACCCCGAGUACUCCCUCGUUGUCCUCAACGCCCGCCCCGAACACUCCGGAGUGUACACCUCCACUGCCAAGAACCUGGCCGGCUCCAACUCCUGCAAAGCUGAGCUCACAGUUCAUAAAGAGCGAAAGCAAGCAGCCGAGCCAAUGGAAGACGAAGGAACCAUUCUGAGGAAGAUGAGGCGGUUGACUGAUUACUAUGAUGUCCACAAGGAGCUUGGGAGGGGGGCCUUCUCCUAUGUGAAGAGGGUGGUUCAGAAGAAGGGAAAGGCCGAGUUCGCUGCUAAGUUCAUUUCUGCGAGCGGUAAGAGGAAAACCAUGGCCCUCAAAGAGAUGGACCUGCUGUCCGAGCUGGACAACGAGAGGAUCGUCUAUUUCCAAGACGCCUUCGAGAAGAAGUGUGUGGUGGUCCUCAUCACCGAACUAUGUCACGAGGAGCUGCUGGAAAGACUGGCCAAAAAAACAACAGUGAAGGAACUGGAGAUCCGCUGGAGCGUCCAGCAGCUUUUAGAAGGUCUUCGUUAUCUUCACCAAAAAAACAUCGCCCACCUAGAUGUGAAGCCGGAAAACAUUUUAAUGGCAAGUCCUGGGAGUGACCUGAUCCGCAUAUGUGACUUUGGUAACGCCGUGAAACUGGAGACUUCUGAGGAGCACUACUGCAGAUACGGCACGCCAGAAUAUGUCGCACCGGAGAUUGUUAACCAAACUCCCGUCUCCACGGCAACGGACAUAUGGCCUGCUGGUGUCAUCACGUACCUCUGCCUGACUGGAGUGUCUCCCUUUGCUGGUGAGAAUGACCGAGCGACAGCCUUAAACAUCCGUAACUACAACGUGGCGUUUGAGGAGAGCAUGUUCGCCGACCUCUGCAGAGAAGCCAAGGGAUUCGUCAUCAAGCUUUUGGUGGCGGACAGACUGAGACCAAGCGCCAUCGAGUGCCUUCGCCAUUCUUGGUUCAAGUCGCCAACCAACAAGAGCAUCAGCACAGCUUUGCUGAAGCAAGUUCUGUCUAGAAGACGAUGGCAGCGUUCCCUAAUCAGCUACAAAUCAAAGAUGGUCAUGCGGUCGAUCCCAGAGCUUUUGAAUGAGUCGUCCAACCACGUCUCCAUCGCUGUGGCCCGGCAUUUAAAAGAAGGCUCCCCACCCCCCUCCUCUUCCUCUGACUCCGACGCGGAUGUAGAUGAACUGCCCUUCAUUCCCAUGCCGCUGUCCAUGGCCUUUUCCGGUUCCAGGGUCUCCCUUAACGAGAUCCCGGGGGAAGAAGACGUCGCUGCAUGGACAAGUGUUGCUGCUGAGGGGACGAGGAAAAAGGACACGGUGGGGACGGCAGGUAAGAGAGGAAGGGCUGAUGAAGCUCUGAAGAAUGAAGAGGAAACCCCAGUUGAGGAGGAAAUGGAAAAGACAAAACUGGUUCCUCUUGAAAAAGGAACAAGUGUGGAGGUAGACGGAACGCAGCCGAAAUCCAGGAGGUCGACGAUGAGAAGAGGCAGCUCUGCUGAUUCAGCGCUGCUUCUGCUCAUCAACCCAGAGGAGGGAACCGCAAACAAGGAUCCACAAGACCUUUCCAGGAGCCUGAAGAAGGCUGUUUCCAUGGAGCUACCCAAUCGCAGCCCGAGUCCCGGGGCGGCCAAGUUGAGCCAGGAGGAUUACGCCCUCAAACUGGAGCUGAUGAGACAGCGGCUGCUCAGGGGAGGAAACAUAGACAAAAAGAUGAGCGGCCUGCGAGGGCCCCUGUUUGAGACACUCGGCAUGGACGACGAGAGGCGGACCGCGUCCCUCGAUCGGAACCUGAGGAGAUCCAGAGCGGCGCCGCCGACGCUCGCCAGAGCGGCGUCUUCGGAGAGCACCGUGAAGGACACGCCGACGACCAGAGUUUUUUGUAAAAGCGCCUCGUUCACUCAGGGGGAUUCCGAGCCCAUGCCCCUACACCGCAGGUUCGGAGCCCCCUUAGAGAUCCCUUCGGGGCGCAAUGGCGACGCAGAAGGGGAAAAGCUCCAGAAGGAGAGCUCGAUGUCCGCCAUCACGGAACAAGCACCCGAGUCCGUCUCUCCUUCAAAGAAGACUUCCUUUGUACUCCCAGCGCCAGCGAGGUUGGACCAACAUCAAAAACAGAACAAUGUGAAAGAACGUGAAAUGCAAAGCAUGAAUGAGAAGAACACGGACGUUAUAACACAGAAAAAGACCAGCGCCCAGUUAGAGAAGCCAGAUGGAGAAGAAUGUGACUCCACAUCCCCCUCUGUUAUUACUCCUAUAAUUGUAAUAGAGGAGGAGGAUGAUGCGGAAGAAGAGAAGAAAGAAAAUCAAGAGUUGCAUGUAAAUGAAAAGGACAUGAAUGAAGAGAAAGCGCACACUAGUAAACCCUCCUCUGCUUACGCAAGUGUCCUUCAAGCCGUUUCCACCACAACGGAUGACACCCGGUCCACAGAAACCCCCCCGCUGCCCGAACACCCAGCAGUGUUUGCCAAAGUGGCGACCGCCGAUCGGCCUCCUUCCUCUGCUUCCACGUCUUCAAACCCCGACCUCGCUGGCCCCGCCCGCCAGCCCGUGCUCAGAACGGACAUCAAAGACAUCGACUCAGAGGAGGUCUUCCAAGCCAGGUUCAAGAAGCGGGAGUCGUCUUUGACCCGCGGCCUCCGCAUACUGACCAGAAACAAAUCGGAGGAGAAAUCCCCUGCGCUGAGCCGGAAGGCGGGCGAGGGCGGGGAGGAGGUGUACAGGCCGGGGCCGAGGGGGGCGCCCCUCGAGAUGCUUCCCAAAGGACUACUGGCGAAAUCCAAGUCUGUCCAAGAUUUAAGGGAAGAAGAGAGAGAGACCGGCCUCAGUCUGAUCGGGAGGUUUUCCUUGCGGGCCAAGAGGUCCACAUCCAGUGAUAAGAAGGGGGAGAAAGCGAAGGAGGAAACGCCCCAGGAGGUGCAGGAAACCGCUGUGAACAAAAGGGUUUCAUGGGCCAUCGGGCGCAGUAAGUCCCUGGAUACAAAGGAGCUGAGCAGCGCAGCGGAGCAGAGGCAGCUGGAUGAGAGGGAACAAAGAAAAGCUGACGAGUCAUCGGUUUCUGCAAUGAGGCGGAAGUUUGAGUCCAAAGUGGCAGGAAUCUCUGCCAAAAUGAGGACGCAGUCAGAGGACAGGAAGGGCCGAGGCGCCGGGGGGAGUCAGACGGAGCUGGUGAAGAAGGAGUUGAUGAAAGUCACAGAUUCCCCGGUGCUGGCGAUGCGGCACAAGUUUGAGAAGAAAGUGGCGGGGAUUACCUCGAAGAUCCGCAGUCAGUCCGAGGAGAGAAAGGAGGGUGAGGAGGGAACGAGGACGCCUCUGUUUACCCGCCACCGCCAUUCCCAGUCCGAGGGGCUGGGGCUCAAAGGGAUGGGCAUCCCCGAGAACCAGCUGGCCAAACAGAGCGGCGGCGGCGCCGCGUCCAAGGAAUCCAUCGAAUCCGCUUGCAGUGCCCAAUCCGGAAAAGCCUCAGAGUCCGACAGGCGUUCCCGGUGGGACAGGUGGGGCUUGACGAGGGGCAAGAGGGACAAAACCCCGUCUCGGUCUGACCUGCCUGCGUCCGUCCCCAAAGAGGAGGGUCUCUCCACAAGCCAGCAGUUCAUCCGCUCGCCUUCGGAUUUCGCCCCCGUGUUCCACAUCAAGCUGAGAGACCACGUCCUGCUGGAGGGGGAGCCGGUCACUCUCAGCUGCCUCCCCGCCGGGAGUCCACACCCAGACAUCACGUGGACCAUGGACCGUAAGCCGCUGGAGUUGGACGAGCGGAUCGACCUGAUGUCUCAUCCAGACGGCAGGCAGCUUCUUAUGAUCAGGAAGUCCAGCCGGAGGGACGCCGGAGUUUAUGAGUGCAUAGCGACCAACCCCAUCGCUACCAUCACCACCUCCUGCACGUUGACCAUAGCCUGUGUCCCGAAACGGCCCGGAACCCCUGAAGUCCCUCAGACUUACAACAACACCGCCCUGGUGCUGUGGAAGCCAGCAGACACCAAGUCUCCAUGCAGCUACACCCUUGAAAGAAAAACCGAAGGCGAUUCUAACUGGCUGACCGUAGCCACUGGAGUUGUGGACUGCUACUACAAUGUCACCGACCUGCCAGCAGGGGGCGCUUUCAGGUUCAGAGUCUCCUGCAACAACAAGGCCGGUCAGGGGCCGUACAGCGGCUCCUCUGCUCCAGUCAGCCUGGACUCGACAGUGGCUUCGCCCCCCACGGCCGUCGUAAAGACGGUCCCGGCACCGCCCGAACCCGCGGCCGUGCCUCCAGUAAAGCCGGUCCAGAGCAUUGCUCCCAGCGCGUCCGUCUCCACCGCCGCCUCCUCUGCUGCUUUACCUCCGCCCCUUAAAACUCCACCCUCUCUGCCUUCUGACGCCCAACUGCCGCCUGCGGCCCUCCAAGACGGCCCGAAAACCGGUUCCUCUCACCCCCCUUCAGCCCCAGUCAAAGCACCUCCACCCUUCGUCCUCCCCAAGCCCCAGAGUCCAGUCAACGUGGUGUCGCCUAUGACCCAGAAUGCAACAGCAUUGCCGCCAUCGACAACGCCAGUCAAACCAGCAGUGGCCUCCGUGCCCACAUACGCCCCCGCCGCCCGUGUGACCCCGACUCCCGUCUCCUUCUCGCCACCAGUGCUCCAGUCCUCCAGCAUGAGCCCCUUUGGUGACGGGGUCAGCACCCCCACCAGAAGCACCCCAUCAGGACGCGCGACGCCCUCCGCUGCUCUGCGCCAGGGGGUUCCACAGAAGCCGUACACUUUCCUGGAGGAGAAAGCCAGGGGUCGCUUUGGGGUCGUCAGAGAGUGCCGCGAGAACGCGACAGGCAAAAUCUACAUGGCGAAGAUAAUUCCCUACAACCAGGAGAACAAGCAGGACGUCCUGAAGGAGUACGAGAUCUUGAAAUCCCUUCACAGCGAAAAGGUCAUGGCUCUACACGAGGCCUACGUCACGCCGCACUGCUUGGUGCUGGUGGCGGAGUACUGCACCGGCAAAGAGCUGCUGCACAGCCUCAUCGACAGGUUCCGCUACUCCGAGGACGACGUGGUGGCGUACCUGGUCCAGAUCCUCCAGGGGGUGGAGUACCUCCACAACCGGCGCGUCCUCCACCUGGACCUCAAGCCCGAUAACAUCAUGGUGACCAACCUCAACGCCGUCAAGAUUGUAGACUUUGGAAGCGCUCAGAGCUUCAACCCCCUCAGCCUCAGAGCGCGGGACUCGGCAGCGGGAACGCUGGACUACAUGGCUCCUGAGAUGGUUAAAGGGGAAGUGGUUGGUCCUCCUGCCGAUAUUUGGACUGUUGGCGUUGUCACCUACAUCAUGCUCAGUGGUCGACUGCCCUUUGAAGAUAAGGACCCCCUACAAGUGGAAUCCAAGAUCCUGAUGGCAAAGUUUGACCCCUCUAAACUUUACCAGAAUGUGUCCCAAAGUGCCUCCGCCUUUCUCAAGAAGACGUUGAGCAGUUACCCAUGGGCGCGUCCUACUACGCGAGACUGCUUCACCCAAGCCUGGUUGCAGGACUCGUACCUGAUGAAGCUGAGGAGGCAGACUCUCACCUUCACCUCCGCCCGACUCAAAGAGUUCCUGGUGGAGCGGCAGCGGAGGCGCACAGAGGAAGCCACCGAGCACAGGAUGCCGCUGCGCACCCACCGGAGCACCGGGGGCGCGCCGCACGUCCCCGGACCCAAAUGAGGCGGCGGUGGGUUGGAAAAAAACGCAGCGAUGCCCCUCUAGGGAAAAAUGUCCGCCUGGCACCGGGUGGGGUUCGGAGGGGGUUGAACAUCCAUGUGUUGUUGGAGAAUCCAACGCCGAAAGGGCCCUGAGAUGAAACGAAGCAGGAGGAGGAGACGCGUUGAAUUGAGGAACCUGCUCGGGUUGUUCAUCCUUGCGAGGACACGGGGGUUCUUUGAUCGCACAAUACCCCGGUUGGCCCCUAGUGAUUUCUGAAAGUGCACAUUAAUAUUCAGUUUAGAAAAACAUCGUGUUCCACUCUGCACGAUCAGCCCGGGAACAUCUGUUUCAUUAGCUUUUAUUCUGCCUUGUUUGUGUCACCGAAUUUAUUAGUAAACAACUCAUGUACCAUGGUUUAUGCUGCUAAUUUAUUUUUGCAUUUAAUUACACAUUUUAAAACCAAAAAUAUAAUUAUUUUUCUUGAAAUUGUUUACUUUUUACAUGUUAAUUUAUUUGCAUGUGUGAGUGGGUUUGUUUGUGUGCGGGAUCAUUUUUAAAUCACUUUUUAAAAUUCAGAUCGAGCUGAAAAAAAGAAGAUAAAAAUAAGGAGUGUCUUUGUGAUUGUGAAUAAAACUAACUAUUUUAGGGAGCGCUAGGAAUGUUUGGUAAAUUUUCUCGUUCGGUGGUUGUAAUGAACUAUGAAAAGCAGUCUGUAAUGUGGAUUUUACAUUUUACACGGACAAGUCAUCCACUGGUUAAUUGCUGUGCUUUCUCAGCAUUGCCCGUCGGUUGGUUGGGUUGUUUAGAUCAUGAUCACCCAGUCAGUGCCUAAAUCGGAUUUAUAUCCAAAGUUCUUGUUGUAAAUGUGUCUCUGGUAGUAAUGAUUCACAAUGGAAUGAGAAAUGUUCGACUCCAACAGACUCAUUUAGAUCCUUACAGUACACGCGGUCUUGUAAUAAUAAAACGUGUCGUGUGUUGUUCUAUCACAGUGUUCCUUUUUGUAUCAAUUUGAACGUUUGAAGAUUUAUAAAUGUACCAAUUUGCUGUGUUUGUAUGUGGGGAAAAAGUUGAAGACGUUUUUAUGAGAAGCUAUGUAAUAAACCAUUGAUACAAUUGGGAAAAGUUAGAUGCUUUGUGGAAUGCAGUUUUGGUCAUGGGUAAUAAUAAAUCAUUCAGUGCUUUUCUUUUA